AUGUCGUGCCCCUGCUUCAUCGUGCCGCCUCACCUCUUUCGCGGCAUCGCCGAAUCAAGCAGCAACCCCGAGCAUGUCCGCAAGGCGGCUCAUGCGUCCCUUGCCGCUCACGGGCGCAUCGGUGCUUCCCGACAGCAGCGCAUGGCGAUGCUGACCCAGCCUCUCGGCUCCGAAGCCCCUCCGUAUCGACCCUCGCCCUUCAUCCCCGAAGGUGUCCUGACCCGGCUCUCCGUCUCGGAAGCCGUAGACGAGGUGACCCGUGAACGUGCCAAGCGAGAUCUGGAGCAUCUCCAGACGUUCAUGGCCAAGCCCCCACCCGCAGAGCAAGCAAUCGUGGCAGCUGAAGCCAAGGACCCUCACAAGGAUAGACCCAAAGAUGCCCCUUACCGGGCUGUUUACGACGCCAAGAUGACGCGAGAUGAGGACGACUUGCCUGGCGAGCUUGUCCGAGCCGAGGGCGAAGCCAAGGUGAAAGACAAGGACGUCAACCUUGCGUACGAGAACGUCGGCCAUGUCCUCGACUUCUACAAGAAGCAUUUCAAGUGGAAUUCAAUUGACAACAAGAACGCCGAUAUCAUCAGCUCCGUCCACUUUGGACGCCACUUUGAAAACGCCUUCUGGGAUCCCGACAAGCUGCAAAUGGUAUUUGGAGACGGCGGCGAAUUCCUUCAGAACUUCACCGGCUGUAUCGAUGUCAUCGGACACGAGCUGACGCACGCCAUCACGGAGCACACCAGCCCGCUGCAGUACAGGGCGCAGCCUGGCGCCCUCAACGAGCACAUUUCGGACGUGUUUGGGAUCAUGAUCAAGCAGAAGGUCGAGGACGAGACGGCCGACAAGGCGGACUGGCUUGUCGGCGAGGGCUGCCUCUUGCCGGGCAUCAAGGGGCUCGCCCUUCGAAGCAUGAAGAGUCCUGGCACAGCCUACGAUGAUCCUCGAUUUGGCAAAGACCCACAGGUGGACAACAUGAAGAUGUACGAGGAAACAUACGAGGACAACGGAGGCGUCCACAUCUUCUCGGGCAUCCCCAACAAGGCGUUCUACCUGGCGGCCGUGGCAUUUGGUGGUUACUCGUGGGAGAAGGCGGGACAGAUUUGGUGGAAGGCAAUGACGAGCGGCCGCGUGCCUCCGAAGUGCAACUUUUUGCAGUUUGCCGACGUGACUGUUGACUGCGCCAAGGAGGAGUUUGGGGAGAUGGCAGCCAAGACUGUGCGCAAGGCAUGGCACGACGUUGGGGUGAUGCGGAGCGUCUAG